AAUGAGAUCAAGAAAAGUAUAUGAUGGAGAUGUUGGAUUUGAGAUGCGUGGUUAGUCUAGUUAAAAAUUUAGAAGAAAAGGUUAAGUGAAAAAUGAGAAUGAGAUUGAGAUAGAGGUUCCUAAUGGUGAUUUAACUAAAGGAAGGAUAUUCUUUAGUCAUAAUUGUGCUGGUUGUCAUGAUCUGUAUAAUAAUAUAAUAAAUUAAUAAAGAGAUUAAGAUUUAAAUUUAGGUCCAUCUUUAAGAACAGUGUAUUUAAGAAGAAAUGGUUCUAAAAGGUUUUCAAAUUAUGGAAAAGAUUUGACUGCCUAUAAGUUUUAUUGGACUAGAAGAAAGCUAUGGGAAUUCUUAGAGAAUCCUGAAAAAAUGUUUCCUGAUACUAACAUGUAGUUAGAUGGAGUAUGAAUUGAAUUUAAUAAUAGGUUAAAGAUCCAUUUUUAUUGGCUAGUGUUAUAGAUUAUUUAUAAUAUUUAAGAGUGUUUACAUGUGAUAUUAGAGGAUAAAAAUAAAUAAUUUGAA